GUCCCCCAUCAAGCUUGGAUACAAGAAAAGCUUGCAAACGUUUUGUUUACAACGACUUGUAGAAGUCAUAUUUGGAUUUUAACGGGAUUCAGGAUUACAUCGAUAUAUGGUGUACGGUUGUGGCGAUACUCAGAGCCUUGAAAUAUUGUAAAAAUAUAGUAUUUCAAAGUUGAUCAAUCGAAAAAUUCGGCGGGCCGCAAGUGCCACUCAGCACGCGCAAGUGACGCAAAUACGCAACACCGAAAAGCCGCAGGGCCGCGCAUCGCGUUGUGUGUGUGUUUCUACACUGUUUUUCGCAUCUGGUUUUUGAUGAGGUGAAAAGAAGUGCUUGUACCGCGAAACGAAGAAAUGUUCUUCGUACAUUAGCACGGUGUGACUGCUCGUGUUUACAUUGAAUGAAUUAUAAGCAGCUUGGAUACGCUCGGUAAUAUAUUCACAACAUGGUUAAGCUGCAGAGGAAAUUUAUUGCUGGCGACAAAGUGUUUGCGAAAGUUCGAGGUUACCCACCAUGGCCAGCCAAAGUCGAAAGUGUCACAGAUGCAAAUACAAAGAAUGCAAAGUAUAAUGUUUACUUUUAUGGAACGGGUGAAACAGCUGUGUGCAAAGUCGAAGAAUUGUUCGCCUAUGCGGACAACAAGGCCAAAUUUGGCAAACCUUUGAAACGGAAGUUCUUCCACGAGGGUUUGCAGGAACUAGAAGAUGAACUUGGAAAUGAUGGAAAUAGCCACAUCAAUAAAGGCCCUGAACCUAAAGACAAGCAGGCAACCGACACAUUAGAAGAUAGUAAUCCUACAGAACAAUUGUUGACGAUGAGUACAUCUGAUAAUGCACUUGAUAGUGAUGCAGAGGGUGGUGCAUUGGUAAUCGAUGAGGGUGAAAAAAAAAAGACUGUCAAACGGAAAGCGUCGUCAACUCCAGCAGCGUCUAAUACAAAUUCAUCUACACCUUCCAGUAAUCAAGCCACGCCAGAAGUAAAAAAAAAACGUGGUGGACGUACCAAAGCUACUUCUCUUAUUGCUGGGGAAACACCUAAUAAGCAUGAAAACUUGCUUGUGGGUCAAGAUGACGAUAUGCCUAGCAAAGAAGUUGUCAGUCGCAGUGGUAGAAAAAUUAAGCCUAAGCGUUUUGCUGAUUUCUCAAGCUCUGACAAGGAUACUGAAAAAUAUGAUAAUUCCGCAAGUCCUAGAGUGUUAGGAAAAAGUAAACUUGAGGAUACUAGUGUCAAAGAUUUAUCUCCAUCUAGAGACUCUAAUAAAGCCAAUAAAAUCAGUGCCCCAGAAAAGAAAAUUGAUGAAACAAAUGAAGUGGAAACUGAUGGCGAGUCCUUUUCCACGACCAAGUCUGCAGACACACAGGGUCGCUUUUUGUUGGCUCGCACUUUUGCCGGGGAAUAUGUUGGCAUUAAACUGGAUGUGGAUAGGCCUAAAUCCUUUGAAAAUGAAAAUGCACGAGCACAAUGGGAUUGGGAAACUGCUAAAAAUGCAAUGAAGUUGAAAGCGCAGCUAGAGAGCGGUGCAAUUUUACCAGAGCAAGUAAAGAAUUCCUUGGAUUUCAAUGUACAUGCUUCUGGUGAUGAUACAAAGACAUCGUCCAAAGAGAACGUUUUACAUCACAAAAAAUAUAAACUAAGGUGGUUGCGCAUAGAGUCACAGCUAUUGCAAUUGGAUGCUCAAAUCAAGUCAAACCUUGCCUUGGACAAAGCAGAUGCUGACAAAUGUUUACACGCUAUGGACGACAUGCUCGCACUCCCAAUUGAUCCCCUUAUGCUUAAAAAACACCCCCACAUUGUUGAGACUGUUAGAAGGUUGCGGAGGUAUAUUGGAAAUCUAGCUGAGUGGAAAUUGACCGAGGAAGAAGCAGCUGUUUUCAAACAGAAAGCAGAACAGAUUAAGCAAAAGGCUGAACAUAUAUAUAACAAAUUUAAGGCUAUGUUUACCAUAUCAGGAGGGCAAACGUUUUGGCAAUCAUUUUCUGAUCAGGUCAUUCAUUUCAAGGAAUUGACAAAAGAUAUGCCAGAGGAAACAAUGUUUUCCCUUAUGGCUGACCCCUCACAUCCUGCUACAGAAAGAGCCUUUCCUCUAGACUCUUUACGAGAUGGUGCCAGUGAUCAAACAGAAAGUAGAAAUGAAACUGGUCCAGGUGAGGAAGCAGGAGGUUCAGAACCUUAGACAAGUCUUAACUCUGUGGAGUAUGAAACCAAAUCACAUCAGAUACGGUCAUUCAAAUAUUAUACAUGUGUUAAAUGCGAUAUUCCUCGGCUUUGUAACAGGUUUAUGAGAAGCAACAUGUGAUUUAAGUAAAGUUGACUGGUUGUGCUGCGCAUGGAUGAACCAGGAAGACAAUGCCUUUCAUUAUAAUAUCGUUGGAUUAUUCUAUUAAAAUUCCUCUUUUUUCAACUCAUCUCUAUCCUUCCCCUGACAUAGUGAAGAUUCUUUAUUCAAAUUCAUACAACUUUGGACGCUGCCAAAGAAAAUACUUUUUUGUAAUGCAUACAUGUAUACACAGUUGUCAUUUCUCAGUUCUUAAUAACAAUAUCUUAUGUCAACGCUUUUAAUUCAAUCUGUUACACAAUUGUUAGGAAUUAAAGUAAAUAAGAUUGUAAGUUUGUAAAUAUAAAAUUACGUGCUUGACUGUGAAUAUUGGUCACGUACGUUUGUAUUCUAUCGACAGUUGACAUGCGAUAAACUUAAUCGAACUAUGCAAACAGAGUAUUUUUAUGGGAUAUGUAAUUCAUUUAUUAAAUUAGUUGAUUCAGUGUUCAGAAAUCAAAGCCUUACUUAAUUUAACACUUUAAGCCAGCUGUUUCUUACUUUAAAGGCACUGUUAGUAAUUAUCCUUCGCGUCUUACCAUACACACCUCAAUACAUGAUAUAUUUCACGGGUUUAGUUAUAUGAUGUAUAAUUGAACCGACUUAUAGUUUCAUUUCUAUCUAAAUAAUAACAACCGAGUAUAAAAAAUUUACAGAAAUUGAUUGCGUUUUUGUAAAAAUAAACGUUCUCUAGAUAUUUGUAGUGUUGAAAUCAAAUUUUUUAUCAUUCUGAGCUGUUAAUCAUGUUCAUUUACGCAUGUGUGUCAUAAGUGUAAUAUUUCAUGACACGAUGACUCAAAGCUCACAAAUUCAAUGCACACAAAAAAUCUGGUUAUUUUUCGAAAAUUACAUUUUUGAUUUGCAUUAUCUUUGAUAAACAGCUAUAAGUUAGAUUAUCAACUUCAAACAAUGCACUACGUAUUUCUAUAUUCCGAGAAAUUCAGUAAUCAUUUUUCCUAAUUAAUUACAUUUUCUGUCAUUUCAGUCAGGAUUAAAUCCUUUAUUUUAGGUAAAGAUACCAUGCUUACUAUACUGUAUCCUCAUUGAAUAUUCAAUAUUGGGAAGAUACUUGAGUUUUGUAACGAAAUACAAGGAAAAAAGAGUGGAUAAACACAUAGUAUAACCGUUUCUCAAAUGUUCCUAAUGAACGAUGUACCCUGAAUAAUUACAUACCAGGCAACGGUACUUUGACUAGGUGAAAUAAAAUAUCCUAAAUCUGAUUGUUGUCCAACAAACUACACGAUUUACUAUUUAUCUCUCAAAGUUUUCGUUGAAGUGUUGUGGCAUUACUCGAAUGGGUACUGAGAGUAACAUGUGAAUCAUUAAGAUAAGCACAGUAAUAACGAAAUAUAAGGAUGCACUUACUGCCACCUAAUUUUUGACACAGAUUGAUAAAAUUUUUGGAUUGUAAAAGGAUAUUUCUAACAAGCCUUUAGAGCGCAUUGACAAUAUGUAUACAACAUCACUCUUUAUUCAUCCCUGUGAGAAUGUUCUUCAUUUAAUAACGUUACAAUUUAGUUAGUUAUAUCUUUCAGUAUGGUAGAUAUAGUUUGACGUUUGCAGUAAUGUAAGGGAAAAAAAUUGAUAAUUUUACAGCGAAGGUUGGAAUAAAGAGAGCAUUUCAAAUAUCUUAUUUUGAAAUGCUUAUUUCAAUUGUAAUCAUAUUUUGAAUAAAAAAUGUUUAAAA